ACGAGCCGGCGUUCGGUCGGGACAACCAGCUUGUGGCGGCCAUCUGGAUGCUUGCGCCAGAGCGUGCCAUCGGAGAGCUCGCGGGGACGCUCAAGUGUGUCCAGCCACUGGCGUACUAGAUGGACGCGGUAAUCUGCAAGGCGGUUGGACUCAGAACGGGGAACGGAAUCGUAGGAAAAGGGGGGCAGUGGGACUUCUUCGGGAAUGACCUCGGCGGCGAG